AUGAUCAUGAGCCACAGCGGAGAUGGAUCAAUGGACUUGAGCGAGAUGGUUGCUGCGGCAAGCCAGUUAGGAUGUGGGGGCCACCACCAGCUUCAUCAACCUCUCCGGGGGCUGAAGAAGGGGCCAUGGACAGCGGCCGAGGAUUCGAUUCUGAUGGAGUACGUGAAGAAACACGGUGAGGGGAACUGGAACGCCGUGCAGAAGAACUCAGGGCUUGCGAGGUGCGGCAAGAGCUGCAGACUCAGGUGGGCUAACCAUUUGAGGCCAAAUCUCAAGAAAGGCUCUCUCACUGCCGAGGAGGAGCGAAUCAUCAUCGAACUUCAUGCCAAAUACGGCAACAAAUGGGCUCGCAUGGCCUCUCAGUUACCGGGAAGGACUGACAAUGAGAUAAAGAACUACUGGAACACAAGAAUGAAGAGACGCCAGAGAGCCGGAUUACCAAUUUACCCACACGAGCUUCAACAUGAAGGCGCCACUGCUCCAUUUCACCACCAACAAGCUCAUCAUCAUCAGCAGCAGAGGCAUAACUCAAACUUGUCCUCUUCAUUUUCAUCACUCCUUUGUUCCUCUCAUCCUCGAAAAGCAAAUUACAGCUCUACUCCCUCGCUCUCUCUAUAUGACCAUACCAGUUUUGAUGCCCCGCUGCAGAACCACCACAACUCUCCUUCUCUUAAUUACUCCAACCCCGCCAUGACGGCCCAGUUCAACGCUAACGGUGGCUUUGCUAUCCCACUAUCUCCGGUUUCACCGGUUUCGCCAUUUGGGUCCUCAUCUUCAGCUCUGUUCAACCAGACCACUUUUCCAAACCAAACCGUAUUGUCCACUCCAUCUCAGUACUACAACUCAGGCCUUGGGGGAUUUGGUAAUUACAGUACUCUUACCCAUAGCUCGAUGAUCAUGGGAACUCCAACUUAUGAACCAAUGAACUCGGAGCUCCCUUCUAACCAAACGACACCACCAUAUUCGCCAUACACCCCCACGAAACCUGCUUCUUCUUCUGCUAACUUUAAUGGCGGAGAGGGUGUGAUGGAGGCUGCUUCCGGCAACACCAAUGGCUAUGAGAUUGAAACUGUAACCUCUCUAGGAAAGAGAGGUAGUGGUCUGUUAGACGAUGUGUUGGUGCAAGCUGGUACACUGUCUCGGAACAAGAGAUCAAGGAGUGGAGACAGCUCGUCCGGCGAGUCAGGCAAAGACAAAUAUAUUGUGGAGGAGGACGUCGAGUCUGCUGGUGAGGAAGAGGAAGAAGACAAUGUGCAAGAGGAAUCAACUUGGAAGAGCAGUGGUGAGAAUAGUGCUGAAAACCUAAGGGAUGGUAGCUCAUCUCCAUCAGUUGGGAUGAAACCAAGUGAAGAUCCACUAGAGGACAUGGACGAUGACUUGUUAAGCCUGCUCAACUUCCAAAAUUCAGCGCCAGUCUCCGAGUCGUGGUACGUGGGAAGCAUUUCUGAUCAGGCAUCACCAGGCAUGAUUGGUGCAAGUGACAUUAAUGUGAGUCUAGAUGUUCAGCAAAACACAUCAACAUAUGCAUCCACGGUGAACAUGAGUGCAGCCAAACCUGAUGUUGAAAUUAAGCGCAGCCUUCCUCCAUGCUUCUGGAACAACAUGCCUGACAUCUGCUAA